AGGUGAUCAGAGCCCUCACUACAUCAGGACAGGACCUGAGAGGCUUCCUUCCAUACGGCAUAGUGUAGGGAACCAAGUUAAAAUGCAUCAAGUUAAGAUGAUAUUACAAAUAUUUUCAGUAUGAAGACUCAUAGCAGAAAGUGGGAAAUGGAAACAAACUAGAGGACACCAAACUGGGAAAAUAAGAAAGAAGUGAAAGAUUUGGACAACUUUUUCAAAGUGUAACUGAAUAUUGGAUACAUGGCUCACACAAAUGAAUCGAUGGUGUCUGAGUUUGUACUUUUGGGACUCUCUAAUUCCUGGGAACUUCAACUUUUCUUUUUUGCCAUCUUCUCUAUAGUCUAUGUGACAUCAGUGCUAGGCAAUGUCUUAAUUAUUGUCAUUAUUUCUUUUGACUCCCAUUUGAACUCUCCUAUGUACUUCUUGCUCAGUAAUCUUUCUUUCAUUGACAUCUGUCAGUCUAACUUUGCCACCCCCAAGAUGCUUGUAGACUUUUUUGUUGAGCGUAAGACUAUCUCCUUUGAGGGUUGCAUGGCCCAGAUAUUCGUCCUUCACAGUUCUGUUGGGAGUGAGAUGAUGUUGCUUGUAGCUAUGGCAUAUGACAGAUUUAUAGCCAUAUGUAAGCCUCUGCACUACAGUACAAUUAUGAACCGGAGGCUCUGUAUAAUCUUUGUGUCUAUUUCCUGGGCGGUGGGCAUUCUUCAUUCUGUGAGCCACUUGGCUUUUACAGUGGACCUGCCAUUCUGUGGUCCCAAUGAGGUGGAUAGCUUCUUCUGUGACCUUCCCUUGGUGAUAGAGCUGGCUUGCAUGGAUACAUAUGAAAUGGAAAUUAUGACCCUAACGAACAGUGGCCUGAUAUCAUUGAGCUGUUUCCUGGCUUUAAUUAUUUCCUACACCAUCAUUUUGAUCAGUGUCCGACGCAGGUCCUCCAGUGGGUCAUCUAAGGCUCUUUCUACAUUAACUGCCCACAUCACAGUGGUCAUUCUUUUCUUCGGGCCUUGCGUUUAUUUCUAUAUAUGGCCUUUUAGCAGACUUUCUGUGGACAAAUUUCUUUCUGUGUUCUACACUGUUUGUACUCCCUUGUUGAACCCCAUCAUCUACUCUCUGAGGAAUGAAGAUGUUAAAGCAGCCAUGUGGAAGCUGAGAAACCGUCAUGUGAACUCCUGGAAAAACUAGGGAUCGUUAUGAAGGAGCAUAAUCCUGAAUUAGAAUGAAGACCCUCCAGUGUAUCACAGUGUCAUGCCAACCAUCUUUGCCAGAGAUAUGGGUUAUUGAGUUACAGAAUUGGCUUUUUGUUUUAAGUGCAAGGGAAUUGCAUCAAGUCAGUCUCU